AUGGAUUAUGAUUACGAUAGCGAUAGCAGCGGCUAUGAUUCAUAUAGUGAUGAUGAGGAACAAGCCCAGCGCGAAGCUGCUAUCCAAGAACAGUUAAAAAGACAAAACAUCAAUCCGUUCUUGCAGUUUAAGCAGUUUAAUGUUUAUGUGGAUAUCAUGCAAGAGUCAUAUAGCAAACGUUUUACAAAGCGCUUUGAUGAAAUGCCUCGUUUGGAUCAACUUAAAGCAGACAAACCAAUCGAGCAUAACCGGAUUCAUGGUAUUCUAACUGGUGCUCAAAGCGGUAUAACGGUAGUGGACAUUAAAGAAGGCGUUAGGUUUCGUAGAGAAAUGAUAGAUACUGAUCUAUACAAUACUACGCUGUAUGUGUCUACGCCGAACCAAGGUGCUCAUUUCUACUUCAAAUAUGACUCUCGUCUAAAGAGUAUAUACGAAACAAUGAAAGGAGUUUCCAUAUUGAACGAUGACCGCUUUGUAUUGGCUGGUGGUAAUUACUAUCGACCAGCUAACAACGAUGCUGAUAUUAAACCGAUGCCACAGGCGAUGUUUGAUAAACUAUAUGCGGCUCAGAUCAACCCUGAUCUAGUACAUCAAGAAUGCGAUACCCUGUUUAGCAUUCUCACGGAUGACUACUUUAAGGAGCAUCGUAUGUUAAAGCAGUUAAUAUGCGUUCUAAAGAAUGCCGGCGCAUCGAAUGCCAUGAUAACAGCUACUUUGCGUAAAUCAAUCACCAGCCGCUUUGGAUGGUAUAACCAGUUUGCUCUAGAAGAUCUUAUUAUAGCUGAACCCAAUUAUGUAGAAAGUCGAUAUAACCUAAAAGCUUUCAAGCGGCACAUGGAAUCAGCUUUUGGAGAUACAUACAGAGCCCUGCAUGUCGAUGACACUGAUCGCAACAAUGAACCAUCGAUGAGCCGGUUGAAGUACCAAAGUUGA